CCUAUCAAGUGGCUUGCACUCGAGGCGAUUGAGAAGCACCAGUACACACAUGCGAGCGACGUGUUUGCUUGGGGUGUCUUUGUUUGGUUCGUCUUCUCCUAUGGCGCGGCACCGUGGGCUGUGUACACGGCUGUUGAAACGGUUUUGGCCCUGUCUCGCGGCGAUCGUCUACAGCGACCGCCGGCAUGCCCGCACCGGCUAUAUGAGCUGUUGUUGAGCUGCUGGGAAUCUGACCCAGACUUUCGACCCAGU